UGAAGUCGUCAAUACAUUUAGAUCAAAUAUGCUGAAGAAGUUUGAGUGUCUGUAUGAGGGAACAGCGGCGCAGGGAAACCCAACACUCCUGAAUGAGAUCUACACAGAGCUCUACAUCACAGAGAGUGAGAGUGGAGAGAUCAGUCAUGAGCAUGAGGUGAGACAGAUUGAGACACAAUCCAGGAGAUCAACAACAGAGGACACAGCGAUCAAAUGCAGAGACAUCUUUACACCUUUACCUGGACAAGACAAAGCCAUCAGAACUGUGCUGACGAAGGGAGUCGCUGGCAUCGGAAAAACAGUCUCUGUGCAGAAGUUCAUCCUGGACUGGGCUGAAGAGAAGGAGAAUCAGGACGUCCAGCUCAUAUUUCCACUUCCUUUCAGAGAGAUCAAUCUGAUGAAGGACAAAACACUCAGUCUGUCAGAUCUUCUUCAGCUCUUUUUCCCUCAAACUAAAGAAAUGGAAAUAUCCAGUGACAAAUAUAAAGUGCUGUUCAUCUUUGAUGGUCUGGACGAGUGUCGUCUUCCCUUAAAUUUCAAAAGGAAUAAGACUCUGAGGGAUGUGACCAAAACAUCAUCAGUGGACGUGCUGCUGACAAACCUGAUUGUGGGGAAUCUGCUUCCCUCUGCUCUCAUCUGGAUCACCUCCAGACCAGCAGCAGCACAUCUCGUCCCCUCUGAGUGUGUCCAUCGAGUGACAGAGGUACGAGGCUUCAAUGACCCUCAGAAGGAGGAAUACUUCAGCAAGAGAAUCAGUGAUCAGAGUCUGGCCAAUACAAUCAUCUCACACCUGAAGUCCUCCAGGAGCCUCUACAUCAUGUGCCACAUCCCAGUGUUCUGCUGGAUCUCAGCCACUGUUCUAGAGAAGAUGUUGAGUGAAGCAGAGACUGCAGAGAUUCCCAAGACUCUCACUCAGAUGUACACACACUUCCUGAUCCUGCAGACCAACAUCAAACAUCAGAAGGACUAUGAGGAGAAGCUGACAGAUGAAGACAUGAUCCUCAAACUGGGGAAAGUGGCUUUUCAGCAGCUCAUGAAAGGCAAUAUAAUCUUCUAUGAGGAAGACCUGAGAGAGUGUGGCAUUGAUGUGGCAGAAGCUUCAGUUUACUCAGGAUUGUGCACUCAGAUCUUCAGAGAGGAGUUUGGCUUGUAUCAGGGGAAAGUCUUCAGCUUUGUUCAUCUGAGCAUUCAGGAACAUCUAGCGGCUCUAUAUGUGCACCUCUCCUGUAUAAACAACAACAGAGAUGAGUUUGAGGAAAUUAACAAACAGAGUUUGUGGUCUAAAGUUAAGGACCAUUUUCACUUUAAUUCAUUAAAACCAGUUUCUUUAUUCAGUCUGCAUCAUUUAUUAAGUAUAAUUUAUUGUCUCCACAGGUUGAGUGAUUGUGGUCUCACAGAAAUGGAUUGUGCUGCUUUGGCUUCAGCUCUGAGAUCAAACCCCUCAGACCUAAGAGUAUUAAAUCUGUCUAGGAAUAUUCUAGUAGAUUCAGUGUCUCUUCUCUCUGCUGUACUGGAGGAUCCUUGCUCUAAACUGGAGAAACUGUGGUUGAGAUAUUGUGAUCUCACAGAUGAAGGUUGUGCUGCUUUGGCCUCAGCUCUGAAAUCAAACCCUGAACACCUUAGAGAUCUGAAUCUGUCUGAGAAUAAACUAGGAGAUUCAGUGACUCUUCUCUCUGCUGUACUGGAGGAUCCUCACUGUAAACUGAAGACACUGUGGUUGUAUAAUUGUGGUCUCACAGAUGAAGGUUGUGCUGCUUUGGCUUUAGCUUUGAGAUCAAACCCUGAACACCUGAGAGAUCUGGAUCUCUCGGUGAAUAAAUUAAGAGAUUCAGGCAUAAAGCUUCUCUCUCCUCUACUGGAGGAUCCUCAUUGUAAACUGGAGAAACUGUGGUUGAGUGAUUGUGGUCUCACAGAUGAAGGUUGUGCUGCUUUGGCUUCAGCUCUGAGAUCAAACCCUGAACACCUGACAGAACUGAACCUGUCUAAAAAUAAACUAGGAGAAUCAGAUGUGAAGUUACUCUCUGAUCUGAAGGAUGAUACACAUUAUAAACUAAAAAAAUUUAACUACUUAAUGUCUCAUAUGUGA